AUGAUAUUACUAUUUUUGCUACCUUUCAUCCAAAUGUGUAUUUCACAAUUACUUUGUCCAAAUUCUGGAAUUCCGUUUGAUUAUCAAAGUUGUGAUCCAAAUGUGAGAUCAGAAUGUCCAGCUGGAUUUACUUGUCGAAAAUCGACGGAUACUUCAUCGAAUUCAUCGAAAAAUCUUUGUUGUGAAUCUGGUUCAAUGACUAUUCAAGAUUGUAAGUUAGCUGAACUAGAACUUGUCGUAAAAUUUCAAUUUUUAGAAAAUUGAUUUUCUAUUUAAAAUUGAAUUAUUUUUUCAAAAAAAAAUCAAACGUGACCAGUUUCUAUUCUAUUCAAAACCGAAAAUUGUAUAAAAUCUCAGAUCUUCCAUAAAAACUAAAGUAAUUUUUCAAACUAUACUUUCAGAUAUCUGUAACCAAAAUCCUCAUUUUUCCAGGGCUGACAAAAGAAAAUUUGUAUCCGAAUAUUUUCCCACAAAUUCCUUACAACAUAAUCGACGAACUUCAACUAACUCCAAUCACAACAAAUUUCAAUUUUCCAUCAAUUCACAUUGGCGACGAAAUUGUUACAUUGAGUUUUCCAAAUUAUGUGACAGCAACUAUCGAAUAUUUAGCAUUGAAUAGUUCAGUUGAUGUUGGAUAUGUUCAUGUGGUUACAAUUAUUGGUGAGAACAUUUUAAUGGGGGUUUCGAACCAAAACAUUUUCUGUGUAUAGGAGGAAUAAACAUGUUAAUUUCAAAUGUAGGAACAUCUUCGAGAUAGCAAAGAAAAAUUUCAUAAAAUACCCGGAAAUUGAGAAAAAAGUCUCAAAUUUUCAGACCAGUAAGUUUCCCAAAAUAUUUGAUCCAAAAAAUUUGGAUCUUUUUCCCUAUGCAUUUCUAAAAGAAACUCUCGAUCAUCCUUGAUGAUGUUUUUCUUCAGAUGGAUCUUAUAAACCAUUCGCAGUUCUUGUCAAUUACAAUGUUCCAAUAACUCAAUCAACUCAAUAUAUAAAUGUCUCAAAUUCACAAAAGUUCGUGGCAUAUUUGGAUAAUUCGACAUUUUUGAACGCCCAAGAUUCAUGUUUGUUGUUUUUCAACUGAAUUUAUAAAAAAUCCACUAACUUUUUUCCAGAUCGCUCACAAUACACAGUAUUUCUUUAUUACACACCGGCUCAAAUUACGUUCUCGGGAAACACGCCACGUAAGAAACAAUUUUAGAAGUUCUUUUUUAUUUUAAAAAAAUUGCAGAAGAAAUGUUGUUGGGAAACUGUGCCGAUGCGAAAUGUAUGUUUUCGAAUUCGCCAUUUUCAGCGAAAUUGAAUCAGCCAACUUCUGGAACUAUUUUUUAUGUGAGUUUUGGAGAGGUCUUUAUGAGAAUUGAAAAAUAGGGGAUUCAGACUUGAAUGGGAUCAUGAAUUGUUUCAAAUAUUCUUUUCUGAAGUCAAAAUCCAAAUUUUUUUAGAGACAAUCGAAAUUCAUGUGAUACAGAAUUAAAUUUUGAAAAAAAUUGAUCAAAUUUUCGUCAAUCUGAAAAAGCAAACCUAUUUUCAAUUUCACUUUGGAAAUGUUUCAUAUUUUCCAACUAGUUUUCUAUUUUCUUCCAGCUUACAACAAAAAACACAAUUUUCGGAACCGAAGGAUCAAUUCAACGUGAUUCAACAAAUCAAUCUAUUCUUCCUAAUCUUUUUGUUGUAUUUUUCAUUUUUAUUUGUCAAACAUUUUCAUUGUUCUAACACAAUUUUUUAACAUUUCAUUUCAUUUUAAUAAACAUUGUUUGAUCAACUGCCUUUUUUCAAGUUUAAAAUCUCUGAAUUUGUUUCAAAAAACUCUUUGUGAAAUGUUUCACAGAAUUAUUUUUCUCUCCCUAUUUUUAAUUGUAAACAUACAGUCUGAAGUUAUUUCUGGAGAUGUUGGACAUGAGUUAGAUUAUGAUGUUAAUUCGAUUCCAGAAUAUUCCCAACCAAGUUUUGAUUUAGCACAAAUUUUGGUAUGUUCAUGUUCUUACGAAAAAAACAUUUCGGAUUUUUGCAGGCAAAUAUUCCAACACUUCCACCUUUCGAAUUUCCAACCAUCGAUCCGAAUUUCUGGGUAAGUUGAAGGAAAACUAUCUAGAAAAUAUUGCAAAUUUAAUUUUCAGCAAAAUUUACCAACACUUCCCCCAUUACAAUUUCCAACACUGGACCCUGAUUUUUGGGUAUGUAAAAUAUGACCAAAAAAAUAAAGAACGGUUUUCUGAAUUUCAGAAAAAUCUACCAACAUUGGCUCCCAUCGAAAUUCCAACAAUUGAUCCUGAUUUUUGGGUAAGUUUAGGGGAAAAAUGGAAACUGUUUUCGAAAAUGAAUCCAGAUUCGCAUGUUCGAGAUGCCUUAUUUGAAAAAAGAAAUCUCGCCACGCCAACCUGAUUUGUUUUCAGAAAAAUCUUCCAACUUUAGCCCCUAUCGAAAUUCCAACAAUUGAUCCCGAUUUUUGGAAAAAUCUAGUAACUCUCGCCCCAAUUCCAACACUUGAUCCAAACUUUUGGAAUAAUUUGAUAAGCGCAAUCCCAACUAUUGAUUGGCAAAACCUUCCAACAAUUGCACCAAUAACGUUUCCGACUCUGCCACCAUUUGUAAGUUUAUAUUUUUUAUCAAAUCAAUAUAUUUUUCCUCAGACUAUACCAAGUAAAGCGGAUACUUGUACAUAUAAACUUGCUGAAAAAAUACGAAAUGAUUCAAGUUUUGCAAAUUCUCUCAAUUAUACAGAUGUUCAACAGACUGUUAACACUUUGAAAACUCAGGUAUUUUUAUUUAAAAUAAAAUCAUUGUUUUUAUGAAAACUAUAGGAAUAUUUCAGGCCUCAACUCUUUGUACAUCAACCCAAUCCACAAAAUUGAAUGCACUUAUUGUGAGAUAUUCCUCCCUUAUAACAUCAACUCAACAAAUUGUGCCAUAUUUGACAACUUCCCAAUUACAAACUUUUCUUUUAAAUAUUCUUGAUGGCGAUUCAAAUGCUGUCAAUACAUUUUUAUUUGGAAAAGUUAUUAAAAAUAUUGGAAAUAUGACAAUAAGUUCGAAAUUUUCUACAGUAUCUGGACAAAUUGGUCUUCUUCAACUUGAUUUAGCAUUUAAUCCUGUGUGA